CUGAGACAAUGUUGCCUCGGCUGGUCUGCAUCAGUGACUAUGAACAGCAUGCCCGGUCAGUGCUUCAGAAGUCAGUAUAUGAUUAUUACAAGUCUGGGGCAAAUGACCAGGAGACUUUGGCUGAUAAUAUCAGAGCAUUUUCUAGGUGGAAGCUCUACCCACGGAUGCUGCGCAACGUUGCUGAUAUCGACCUGUCGACUUCUGUUUUAGGACAGAGAGUGAGCAUGCCGAUAUGUGCUGGGGCUACAGCUAUGCAGUGCAUGGCUCACGUGGAUGGGGAGCUGGCCACUGUGCGAGCCUGUCAGACCAUGGGAACUGGCAUGAUGUUGAGUUCCUGGGCCACUUCCUCAAUAGAAGAGGUGGCAGAGGCUGGCCCAGAGGCGCUUCGCUGGAUGCAACUCUACAUCUACAAAGAUCGUGAGGUCAGCAGGCAGCUAGUGAAGAGGGCUGAGCAGAUGGGUUACAAGGCCAUAUUUGUGACUGUGGACACCCCUUACCUGGGAAAUCGCUUUGAUGAUGUGCGGAACAGGUUCAAGCUACCACCACAGCUCAGGAUGAAAAACUUUGAAACCAACGAUUUGGCAUUUUCUCCUAAGGGGAAUUUUGGAGACAACAGUGGCCUUGCUGAAUAUGUGGCACAAGCUAUAGACCCAUCUCUCAGCUGGGAUGAUAUUAAAUGGCUCAGACGAUUGACCUCACUGCCCAUUGUUGUAAAGGGAAUUUUGAGAGGUGAUGAUGCCCAGGAAGCUGUUAAACAUGGUGUGGAUGGGAUCUUAGUGUCGAAUCAUGGGGCACGACAACUGGAUGGGGUGCCAGCUACUAUUGAUGCCCUGCCAGAGAUCGUUGAGGCUGUGGAAGGGAAGGUAGAAGUCUUCCUGGAUGGGGGAGUCAGGAAAGGCACCGAUGUUCUCAAAGCUCUGGCCCUGGGAGCCAGAGCUGUUUUUGUGGGGAGACCCAUCAUCUGGGGCUUGGCUUUCCAGGGGGAGAAAGGUGUUCAAGACGUCCUUGAGAUACUGAAGGAAGAGUUCCGGCUGGCCAUGGCUCUGAGUGGGUGCCAGAAUGUGAAAGUCAUCGACAAGACAUUGGUGAGGAAAAAUCCUUUGGCUGUUUCCAAGAUCUGACAGUGCACAAUAUUUUCCCAUCUGUAUUAUUUUUUUCCAGCAUGGAUUACUUGACAAAGAGACACUGUGCAGAGGGUGACCACAGACUGUAACUCCCCACUUCAACACAAAGGGUGUCGUUCUUUUCCAACAAAAUAGCCACCCCUUCUCCUUCAUUGCUUUUGACUUUUCAAUGGGUGUCCUAGGAACCUUCUAGAAAGAAAUGGACUUGCAUCCUGGAAAUAUAUUAACUGUUAAAAAGAAAACAUUGAAAAUGUGUUUGGGCAACGUCAUCCCCUGGCAGGCUAAAGUGAGGGGAAACAAAAGCUAUCCUCUGGUGAGAUUGGAGGUAGCAUGCCGAAGUAAAAGAUACUGACCUCACUGUUUAUUAA